AGAUACAAGCUAUGAGAAUCCAGGCGUCCACUUGUCCUCAUAACGCCUCCCACACACUAAAAUGACAGGAUGAGGAGGCACCUAAAGAACUGACACAGAAGAACAUUUCUCCCCGCGUCACUAUGGAUUCAAGAUAACCUUAACGCAAUAAUCAUAUAACGACUCCAAUGCAUUUUGAGAGAAAGUCUACAGGGGCUGGAUGCUUUGAAGAGUGAGACAGAAACUCACGGGGUGGAAAUGGGACGUGGAUUAUUCAACCACCUGUUCUCAGCACGGACCACAGCUCUCUGUUGCUUUUUCCUAUGUGAGUCAAUUUUCUGCCAUGAGAAGACCCAUUCCCAUGCAGAAGAUGAUCUCUUCAAGACACUCUUCAUUAACUACAACAAGUGGUCCAGACCGGUCUCCAACAUAUCAGACGUGGUUAUAGUCAAGUUCGGCCUCUCCAUAGCACAGCUCAUUGAUGUGGAUGAGAAGAAUCAGAUGAUGACGACAAAUGUCUGGCUGAAGCAGGAAUGGAAUGACUAUAAGCUACGCUGGAGGCCAUCUGACUAUGACAACGUCACAUCUAUCAGAGUCCCAUCAGAACUUAUCUGGGUCCCUGAUAUUGUCCUCUAUAACAAUGCGGAUGGUGAGUUUGCUGUGACACACAUGACCAAGGCCCACUUGUUCCACAAUGGGAAGGUGCGCUGGGUCCCUCCGGCCAUCUACAAGUCCUCCUGCUCUAUAGAUGUCACCUUCUUCCCCUUCGACCAGCAGAACUGUAAGAUGAAGUUUGGCUCCUGGACCUACGACAAGGCCAAGAUCGACCUGGAGCCAAUUGAGAACACGGUGGACCUGAAUAACUACUGGGAGAGUGGAGAGUGGGCCAUUAUCAACGCUGUGGGAACAUACAACACCAAGAAGUAUGACUGCUGCCACGAGAUCUACCCUGACAUCACCUACUUCUUCAUCAUCAGACGACUUCCUCUAUUCUACACCAUCAACCUCAUUAUCCCCUGUCUGCUCAUCUCCUGCCUCACCGUCCUGGUCUUCUACCUGCCCUCAGACUGCGGGGAGAAGAUCACCCUGUGCAUCUCAGUCCUCCUCUCCCUCACAGUCUUCCUGCUCCUCAUCACAGAAAUCAUCCCAUCCACCUCCCUCGUCAUCCCUCUGAUCGGAGAAUACCUCCUGUUCACCAUGAUCUUCGUCACGCUCUCCAUCGUCAUCACCGUAUUUGUCCUGAACGUCCACCAUCGCUCCCCAGGGACCCAUAAAAUGCCUGGCUGGGUCCACGCCGUCUUCCUGGACCUCAUCCCCCGCUGGCUCUUCAUGAGGCGUCCAGCCCUGGACGGGAGGAGGCGCCGUUUGCAGCUGCUUCAGCGGGGCGCCGCCGUGGAACGGCAAGGAAGAACCACCACCGCAAAACCACCAGGCCGGGGCCCUCCAUGCCUCAGCACUUCAGUUAGCUGGCUCCGGGACGAGGAACACCAGAGACGAACACCAUGCUAUGAAGACCUGGAACUGGGAACACUCACCUCUUACUUCUCCUUCCGCCCCCCAUCACCAAGACCUCUGGGCUCCACUCCUCCACCUCAGCUGAAACCUCCACCCACAGGGCAGGGCCAGAACCGCCUGGAUGUAGGCUUUGGAGGGGUUAACAGGAGGGGGAACCCUACUCAGAGGCCAUCUAAGAUAGAUAACGUGGUGUUGGAUUCCAGAGAGAUGGAAUUCCCCCUGUCCCCCAGCGUGAUACGGGCUCUGGAGGGAGUGCAAUACAUCGCAGACCACCUCAGAGCUGAGGACGCAGACUUCAGUGUGAAGGAAGACUGGAAGUAUGUUGCUAUGGUGAUCGAUCGUAUCUUCCUGUGGAUGUUUAUCAUCGUGUGUCUCUUGGGAACCAUUGGACUCUUCCUCCCUCCCUGGCUGGCUGGCAUGAUAUAGGGACUGGGACGGGUCUGGGAUCUACCCAGAAGCAGGUCCCUUGAAAUGCCGAUUUGUUGGUGAAAUUAUAGAAAAUAGGCACCCUUUACUGGAAUCCUAAUCGUCCACAUAGGAUGACUUCAGCUCUUUUAUGAAGGAUAUUGACAAACAAUAAUUUGACAAAUUGAAUGUGAACUGAAGAGGAACUAAUGGAAUGGAAGUAGCAAGAAUGGCUGCCCAUACUUCCAAUCUCCUGCUUCAUAUUGGAGAAGCAAUGACUUGUUGAUAAUGAUGUUGUAUAAGGUGACUGGCUGCUUCUCACCUCAAAGGAAGAUUAAGGGGCAUGCUCAACAAGCGGAGAGGAAACACACUGACUUGGUUAAUACAAACUCAAGAUAUUGAAUUCAAAACAAAGCAUUACUUUUCUAAUGACAGAAACACUGCAACUCUCUAUUUCUCUUCCUGAAACUACUGCUGUGAUAACCCUAUCAAGCAUAUUUUUGGAAUGUGAGCUGUGUAAUAAAGUCUCAAAAAAAUUUCUAUAUUUUGAGAAGCACAUUUUGGUACCUGAUUUACAAUUGAUUUACAAGUGCUGAUUGCUUCGGCUAAUUCGUUGCAUAAAUCUGAUGUCCUAGGUCCAGGUGUUCUAUAUACCGUCAGGUAGGUCCAGGUGUUCUAUAUACCGUCAGGUAGGUGCAGGUGUUCUAUAUACCGUCAGGUAGGUGAAGGUGUUCUAUAUACCGUCAGGUAGGUCCUGGUGUUCUAUAUACCGUCAGGUAGGUCCUGGUGUUCUAUAUACCGUCAGGUAGGUGCAGGUGUUCUAUAUACCGUCAGGUAGGUGCAGGUGUUCUAUAUACCGUCAGGUAGGUGCAGGUGUUCUAUAUACCGUCAGGUAGGUCCAGGUGUUCUAUAUACCGCCAGGUAGGUGCAGGUGUUCUAUAUACCAUCAGGUAGGUCCAUUUGUUCUAUAUACCGUCAGGUAGGUCCUGGUUCUAUAUACCGCCAGGUAGGUCCAGGUGUUCUAUAUACCGCCAGGUAGGUCCAGGUGUUCUAUACACCGCCAGGUAGGUCCAGGUGUUCUAUAUACCGUCAGGUAGGUCCUGGUUCUAUAUAGAAGUUUAUAUCACCUAACAG